AUGAGAAGGCCCGUAACAGAAAUCCUGAUGAGUUCUAUUAUAAAAUGGUCAAACUCAAAACUGACAGAUGGUUGUCACGUGAUCCCUCAACCAGAAGAGAACUACACAGAAGAGGAACUUCAUUUAAUGAAGACACAAGAUUUGAAGUAUGUUCAAAUGAAACUGAGUAUUGAGCAAAAGAAGAUUGAACGCCUUCAAUCAACCUUACAUCUCACAAGUGAAGGAUUACAACAUAAUACACAUACUAUAUUUGUAGAUGAAGAAGACAAAGAAAGAUAUAGCAGUUUUGAAAAUAAAAGUGAAGUUGAGAAAAGAGAACUCCAGGAGAGUAUUCAGGAUCUUAGUGACCAAGAAAUCCACUCUCUUGAUAAAGAUUUGCUAGAACAGCAACGUGGUAAAGAUAUUUUUGACCCUUCUCUCAAGUUAUCAGCCUAUCGUGAGCUAAGUCAACGAUUAACACGAUCUCGUGAACUGGAGAGGUUAAGUCAUAAAAUGCAAUUAGAGAAAACAUUUGUUAAAUAA